AUGACGGCAUGUGAUUGGUUUGGGAAAGGAAGUAGAGUUAUCAUCACAUCAAGAGACAGGCAGGUGCUUAAAAAUACUUCUGCUUCUGCAACUCCAGCAACAUAUCAUGUUCCGAAACUGGAUCCGCAUCAUGCCCUUCAUCUCUUUAGCUUGAAUGCUUUCAAGCAACAUGAACCAUUGAAAAGCUAUUUGGAGUUAUCGAAGUGGGUAGUGGAUUAUUGUCAAGGAAAUCCAUUAGCUCUAAAAGUACUGGGUCGCUUUCUUUAUGGCAAAAGAAAAGAAGAGUGGGAAAGUGCUCUGGCAAAACUAAAUCAAACUCCUUGCAAGGAAAUUUUUAAUGUGCUAAAAUUGAGUUUUGAUGGACUUGAUGACUCACAGAAGAAAGUAUUUCUUGAUCUUGCAUUUUUGUUGAAGGUAGGACGGAGGAUUUCUCGGCACGAUACAAGAUGCUUAUAUGGUGCUAUAGAAAAAAUUGAGAUAAGUGUACUUGAAGAUAGAUCCCUCAUCUCAGUGGAUGACUAUGAUGGUAUUGAGAUGCAUGCUCUACUAAUCGAUAUGGGUCUUAAACAAUCUAAUUCUGAUAAUCGCAUUCGGUUGUGGAGGCAUGAGGAUAUUUAUCAUUAUUUUUCCGACAAUGACAAG